AUGGAUAAUAAGACAGCAACAGAAGAGCCCAAGAAGCAGGAGUCGCAGCAAUGGGGCGGCAAUGACGAUGAUGAGCUUGAUUACUCGCCUCAGAAUGAUCGAGGCGGGCAGGACCAGUUCCAGGAUACCCAGGGAGAAAGCAGCGAAGAAGACGACAACGAUGAUGUGGAGGAUGUCUCCUCCUCCCCUUCCGAUCAACAGCAACAGCAGCUGGCUCAAAGGAAGAGGGCUGGAGAUGUGCAACAGAAGGCACCACCUCAGGGCCAGGUCGCCCAGCCCAGCGGUGGUGGAGAAGACGACGGCAAGAAACCCCUCAGGCUGCGACUCGACCUCAACCUAGAGGUCGACAUUGAGCUCAAGGCCAGGAUCCAUGGCGACUUGACGCUCGCGCUACUCGAGGGACUCUGA